ACCGACAAUGAGCUCCAGAGCAAAGUUCCACAAAAAUACAGGCCGAUAACAUCCUAUUGAUUUUUCAAAACGUUCGUUGAACCAAUCACAGAGAUAGAACUAUUUUUAAAGGGUGAGGUUGUUGUUGGGUUUUUACAAAGCUAGUGCGGGAAGCGACGGAAUGUGUGUGUAGUUAAAAUAAUUGGAGCGAGCGCGAGCUCGUUACAAUAUCCUCCCAUGCAGGUGGCAACUCUUUUUCGUGAGUCCUCCACGUUAUUGGGAGCGACAAUGGAAUCGGGCGGAAGCAGUGGUGGGCAGGAUUCAGGUGUCUCCAGCCUUGGUCCUGGACCGUUAGCGUACGAUUCCUACAACCACCCGGUGACCUUCUCAAAUAAGUACAAGCUAAAUAUGAAACUCGAACCCCAUGAUGAUGGUUAUGAAACUAGUGCUGAUUUGAUGUUGAAUCCUACGAAUGUUGCACAUAACCAUGAAGUCAAAUGUGAAAAGUUGGAGGACCCCUAUAGUUUCAUUGAUGAUGACCCUAUUCCUAUGCUUCCUGCCGCACCAGGGCCCCCACAUCUUAUGCAUCAAAUGCCCCCAGUCAAUAACCAACUUAUGCCAGGGCCCAAAAAGCGAGGACGAAAAAAGAAAAUCAAACCUGAUCAGCCCGAGUUUAACCAAGACAUGAACGGAGGAAUACCACGGCCUAUAAAAGAACGAAAAAAACAUGAUCGUUUCAAUGGUAUGCCAGAGGAAGAGGUGUCCAAAAGAACACUACCAGAUCAUCUCACCGAAAACUUAGAUAUAAUUAUAAUUGGAAUAAAUCCGGGACUUUUUGCGGCCUACAAAGGUCAUCACUAUGCUGGGCCAGGCAACCAUUUUUGGAAAUGUCUGUACCUGUCGGGCUUAACGCCCCAACAAAUGUCUGCCGAUGAAGACUAUAAGUUACUUCAAGUAGGCAUAGGGUUUACAAAUAUGGUACAACGUGCCACCAAGGGUAGUGCUGAUCUAACUCGUAAAGAAAUUAAAGAGGGUAGUCAAAUUUUGUUAGAAAAAUUAAAAAAGUUUAGACCUAAGAUAGCUGUAUUUAAUGGAAAACUCAUUUAUGAAGUAUUUUCGGGGAAGAAGGAUUUCAAAUUCGGCCGGCAACCAGAUGUUGUUGAAGGUACAAACACGCAUAUGUGGGUGAUGCCGUCUUCAAGUGCACGAUGUGCUCAGUUGCCACGAGCUGCAGAUAAGGUUCCUUUUUACGCGGCAUUAAAAAAAUUCCGUGAUUAUUUAAAUGGUCUGAUAACUGAAAUCGAUGAGAAUGAAAUGGUAUUUUCUGAACCAAGUUUAAAGUCUUGCUACGAAGCAGAACCAAAGCCUGAUGCAUUUUCUCCGGAGCUCACUGACAUAAGUAAUGCUGUGAUCCAAAAUGAAGAUGGUACGAUUAUACCAUGUAAAAAGAAAAGAGGUAGACCGAAAAAAAUAAAAGUAGAAGGAGAAGAAUCUCCACCAAAGCCAGUAGUUCGGAAACCUCCCUCUACUCAGAAUAGUAACUGUGAUUUUCCAAAGAAAAAAAGAGGCCGGCCUAAGAAGGUUAAGGUUGAAAAUAUGGACUUAAAUCCACCAGACAACAAUACAUCGACCAAUUUGUCUCAAUGUUACUCAAACCCGUCUCCAAUUCAGUCUCCCAACAAUUUUUAUCAAAUGGGCCCUGCUAUGACACCUCCUAAUGGGGUGGGAAAUUUAUAUGCUCCACAACCACCACAGUCUUAUAGCCAAUCGCCACGACCUCCAUACAGCCAGUCUCCACGACCAGCUUACACAAAUUCUCCAAGACCUCAGUAUAGUCAGUCUCCCAGACCACAAUAUAGUCAGUCUCCCAGACCACAGUACAGUCAGUCUCCUCGGCCCCCAUAUAGUCAGUCACCUCGGCCUCCUUACAGUCAAUCUCCAAGACCCCAUUCACAACCUUUCACUCAUUCGGACUUAAGUUCAGAAAUAAGUGCAGCAAUAAGUUCUGAACAGUUAGGUUCGCCUGCAUCACCCAUCGGUCCUCCAGAUUUUGAACCACCAACUAGUAUGGCCGAUGAGGCUGAAUGUCGAUUAGGCAGUCCAGCCCCUUCUAGCAAUAGCGAACAGACACAUUAUCAUUAUCAAUCGUACAACAUGGAACCUCAGCACCAAACAGAUCAGUAUGCAUCGCCAAGACAAACACAAGAUAUUGCUACAAAAAGCCUGUCAGGAUUGGAAUCGUUAGUAGAUCAAAUUCCCAGUAUAACUGAAGGUGAAGCUCCACUUGGUGAAGCACCUGACCAAUAUGCGGGUCAGUUCAAUAAUUAUAAUGUAUCAUCUUCAUCCAGAGCUAGUCCAAUUCCAUAUAAUUAUCCUCCAAGUUCAAGUUACCCACUGUAUCCAACGCCAACGUGGAGUGGUCAUUAUGAACCAAUGCCAAUUGGUUACCCACAAAUACCAUAUGCUCAGAGCUAUGCACCUGGUUUGCAUGUUCCAAGUCCAAACUAUCCGUACUAUAGUUACCCUCAAGCUACACCGACUCAUCCGCCAGGUUACCCACCCUACUUGGGAGGAUUCUGAUUGGUUUCCGUCAGUGUGUUUUCAUGUUGUGUACCUGUACCAUAUGUUCAGCUAGUACCUAGCAAGUCUGUCCGCUUGAGUACAGUUGGUCACUUGCAUUUUGACAACAACAGAGACUUGCACAGGGUAAAUGGUGAUAUUUUUUUGUCAUAAGUAUUUUUCUCUAAACUUUGAAUGUUAGAUAGGCCAAGGGUUUUGUGCAUUAUUCUACAUUCAGAUCUCGGUUGCGUGUGUGUGUCAAUCUGAGUGUGAGGUUCAUCGUUAUAGUUGUAGGCCAUGUCUUUAAGUUAAAAUAAACAUUUGUUAUAGCUCUUCA